AUGACGUAUUCGACAAUAGUUAGCGUAAAGCCCAUUGACGCUGAGAAACGUAUGGACUCUGCACGCUCUAUAUGCAACUCUCCAUUAUCUAUUUCCGAUGUGGGUUUUAACAGCACCCUAGGACCUUUAGAAAGCAACAAGGUCAAUACUGCUAGUACUAACAACAACGCGAAAUCAGGUGAUAAUCUUGAACAACCUAAAUCGCAGGACGGUAUGCGUGCCCUAGCUUUGGGUUCCGUUGAUAUUAAUGACGCUUUUGCGCAUCCUAUGAGCAGUUCCCAGUCGCUCAAGCGCAAGGCUGUUGAAGAUGCCGAAGAAAUGCAGGAUCAAAAGAUCAAGAAGAUCAAGAAGAUCAAGACAGAGCAGCUGACGUCUGGUGAAACUGAGAGUGACUAUGUGCCAACUGACAAUGAGGAGGAUGAAGAAGAAGAGUUGCCCCGCCGUUGCAGCCGUCGUACGCUUUACAUUGAGUAUUGGAGCCGAACCGGUGAGUGUAAGGAGCGCAAGUGGGAUCAUCUUGAUGAGAUUGCCAAGACUUAUGGGUCAGCUGAGGAUCAUAUUUUUGCUACCACUCUGAAGGGUAGAACUGCGUUUCUAGAACCCAAUAUGUUUCCCUAUGACACUCCUGCAGGCAUUGAGCACUGGACGCUGUGGCACGUGAAGGAUCUGAAUCAUGAACAGGUGGCCGAGGGGCUCACGGUGCUGCAUGGCCGCAAGGUGGAGAAUUUGGUGCACGAGAUAGAUUGA